AAUGUGUAAUUCGCACUCCGACCUGAGAAAGGCAGCGAUACGUAAUACUGCAUCUCGUCUGCCGGAAACGGACAAGAACAAUACGAAGUAGGCGGGGUUUAUGAACUUGGAGGGAACUUCACAACAGGAAACCAAGAAAGGAAAUCUAAGAUGAAAUGUGUAUUUGUGUUUAUCAAAUUUGCAAAACAUAAAUAAAUAUACGAAGCCGAUCAAUCUCAAUUAUAUUGAAUCCGACGUGCACGAGAACUUCGAUUGCAUGCUUUUAGUUCGGUAGCUAACGUAAUAGCUUUGAUGACCAGACGAAAUAUUGCAAAAGUACGCUAGUCAUGCAGCAUCGAAGCAAGACCAGUCUGGUAACACAGCUGUGCAAAGCUGUGAAUGAUGGAGAACCAAGAUCCGUGCAGAUUCUUCUCGCACAAGGAGCAAAUCCAAAUCUUGUCGGAAGCAAAGGUGUUGCUGCUGUGCAUUUGGCAGUUGGCAAAGAGACUGAGAAAAGUAUACGCUGCCUGAAGUUAAUUCUACAACAUGGGGCAGACCCCAACAUCAGGUCUUCGGAUGGCUUGACACCCCUGCACGUAGCUGCAGUAUGGGGUUGCUGUCAGAAUCUCAAACUGCUGUUAAAGAAUGGAGGGAACGCAAACUUAAAGGAUCAGGAAGGGAACAAACCAGGUGAUCUGGCACAACAACAGGAGAACCACAAAUGUGCCCACCUCCUUCAGGAGCACCAGUCUCAGUCCUCGGACACAGAGGAAGAUCUGCCUCAAUUCCAAUACUCUGUUUACAAUGGCCAAGGUGACGCGUCAAGCUACACUGACUCCGAAGACUGUAGUGUUAUCUCUCACAGCAUGUCCUUGCUGAGUGACUUUGUGGAGGGUCCACUGAGUAGCACGCGUCAGACCUCAUUCUUUGAAUUGUCUGCUAUUAGCAACAGGCACAGUUGGAGAGGAGGAUCCCAUUCAGGGGCGUCUGAUUAUAAAUCUAACCCUCAGGUGCGCCACACCAAUGAGUGGGACAUGGACUCUGACUGGGAGCCUCCAUCAAUGUUAUCCAGCACUCGUAUGUCCGUCGCAGGUCCUAGAGCCGCACUUCCUGUACUUCAGGAGGACGUACCACUCACUGACUGCAGUGCGCUGCAUCUGCCUGUAAAUGGGAACAGACUCUCUCCUCAGUUGGACCUCCUCCCGCCUUGCUUUUCACGACGCACGAGCCGCAAGAGUGUGAGCUUCAGAGAGGAAGUGGACGAAUACUUCCCUGUUUUUAGUUCAGAAUCUCUGAGGCAGGAGCCAGCGGGUCAGGGUAUUGCCUACUCUAAAGACUGUACUCUCGACUUCUCUGAAUACUCUGAGUUCCUGGAUCCAGAGCGCAUGGCCACCGUCCUACAUCACCAGGGGAUCGACGUCACGUCCCCUGAACAUGUGUUUGUAUUCUCCAAGGAUAAUAAUGAGUGCACUGAGAUUGACAUGGAAAAAACAGUUGUUGGACACUUCCCAUUUGAGGAAGAGAACGGAGAAGUGGUUGAGAACCAGGUAGAAGAAGUGAAGGUCCCUGAACGAGCGUUAUGUGUCUCUGCUAGCAGCAGCAGUAGCAGCGGAGCCAGUAGGUACAGCAGCUGUGAUAGUGACCAUUACAUUACGACCCUGGAGGCGUCCCCCAGGCGGGUCUCACCCUCUGACGAGGAGCGUAAAGUGAGAAGCAGAGGUGUGGAAGACGACAAACACACACAAAAUCCAAUGAACACUAACAAUGUAGAUACUGAUGAAACUCCCAACAGCUCAAAGAGGUCAAAACCAGCCAUGGUAGAACUACCAGGCAUGGUAGAUAACCUUACAUUGACUGACAAAAUAUCUCCAACCAAAGGUCCAGGUUGUGAAGAGAUAUUUCCAGAUGCUGUCUUAGCGGGUAAUGGUGAAGAGUUGUCAACAAGACCGACUGAAUGCACUCCCAGGCCGACUGAAUGCACUCCCAGGCCGACUGAAUGCACUCCCAGACCGACUGAAUGCACUCCCAGGCCGACUGAAUGCACUCCCAGACCUGGUUCUACUCAAGCAUUGGAGGAGGACCUGCCUCUGACCCCAAGUCCCUUUGUCACUGGUAGGACGCACUCGCGGCUGAGUCGUUGCUCGGUAAUUAGCAGCAAGACCCCCGAGAGCCUCCUCUCCACCUCCUCGCUGUUUGAGCAGACCUUGCCUACGCCGACACGCACACGCCGCCAAAACAUCAAGUCGCAAGGCAGCGACAACGUCUUUUACGACACGCCAUGCGGUCGUAGUCGCACCCCAGUCUUUUCUGGAAACAGGACAGGUAGUACUUCCGGGGACUCAUUUGUCAUCUAUGAGAGCCAAGAGCCUCAAUCUAGCACUCUCAGAGCUGACAGAGGUCAAGGGUCAUAUGUCAGUGCCAGCCAAGCGGACACCCUCAUCAUCGCUAAGGACGACAGAGGUCAAGGGUCAUAUGUCAGUGCCAGCCAAGCGGACACCCUCAUCAUCGCUAAGGACGACAGAGGUCAGGGUUCUUGUGUCAGUGCCAGCCAAGCGGACACCCUCAUCAUCGCUAAGGACGACAGAGGUCAGGGUUCUUGUGUUAGUGCCAGCCAAGCGGACACCCUCAUCAUCGCUAAGGACGACAGAGGUCAGGGUUCUUGUGUUAGUGCCAGCCAAGCGGACACCCUCAUCUCUAAAACCAUGGCCGACGCAGUCAUCAUAACUCCAAGUUUAGCUGACAAAUUCUCUUUACUGGAUCGUUACUUUUUAAAAAAUCCUCACAAAGAGACUUUACCCACUAACCUGAGAAAAGAUGUUCUUGACGGUGGUGAAUUUCUAACCGACGAUUUGUCCAGCUCCAGUGAUGCAGUGACCAAGGAUGGGACAGUUGGUAGCUUUGGGCCAAGAGUGGAGGAAUCCUGGACCACAGAGGACUCAAGCUCAUCCUUGUCAAGUUCUCAGACUCCAUCAUCAUCCAGCUCCAGUUACUUCUCUCCAAAAAGAGAUCGGCCCCCCUCGACCCCGGGCACUACCCCACGCUACAGCAUGAGCCGACUCUCCCGCUUCCACAAACCCCAGCGGCUGGCCAGCCUCUCCUACACCCCAGGCGGACGUCCUCUAAUACCAGACCUGGAGGAACCGGUGGAGUACCUCUACACGGACACGGAGCAGGGUCACGAACUGAUUGAGACCCACGUCCCACCMGCGGCCAACACCUCACUCAGCUCCAGCAUGAGCACGUCCAGCAGCGAGGACACAGUGCUGUACGACUGGCGCUCCCUGCAGGGCGGUGGAGGAACGGUGGUCAAAGGGAAGGAGAACCAGGAGCCCGUGGUGGCUCAGGAGUUGUCAGAGACCAAAGGCCUGACGGACAAGGAGCUGAGACGCAGGCUUGUGGAGAUGGGAGAGAGUCCGGGACCCAUAAGUAACCGCACCCGGCCAGUGUACAUGCAGAGGCUAAGGCGGCUGUUGCUGGAGCCGGCUACUCAACAACAACUGUCGGACCAACCCCAAGGUCCUGUGCAGGGACACAGUCCAGAGCUGUGUGUAGCCCUGCGGACGUUGGUGCUGCCCGACUGCCAGGAAGACGAGCUGGCGCUGUGCCAGCAGUUUGACCAACCAGACCAGAACAGGAAGUGGCGUGAGGGCGUCAUCAAGUCCAGCUUCAACUACCUGCUACUGGACCCCAGAGUAACAAAGAACCUACCGUAUCGGAGUCAUUCCAUGAGCCCUAUGGAUUGUUUUCAGACUUUCAUCAGUGCUAUAUUCUACGUGGGCAAGGGCAAGCGCUCCCGACCCUACAGUCAUCUGUACGAGGCUCUAGACUACCACCGAGGAGAUAAGACUUCUAAGAAACUGUGCUCCAAGGUGCAGCACAUCCUCCAGGUUUGGAAGGCCGAGCAGGGGGUGAUCUCUCUGCACUGCUUCCAGAACGUCAUCCCUGUGGAGGCCUACACGCGUGAGGCCGUCAUGGUGGACGCCAUUGGAUUGAAGAUGCUGACCAAUCAGAAGCGAGGGGACUACUACGGGGUGGUGUCCACGUGGCAGUUGAAGAGGAAGAGGGAGCUGGGGGUGCACCUGCUCUACAGGGCCAUGCAGAUCUUCCUGGCUGAGGGCGAGAGGCAGCUCAGACCWCCUGAUAUCAGGGUGGGACAGUAGUGACCCCCAUUGGGUAGAGUUGGGUACUGCACCAACAGAAAAUGAAAGUGUUUAUUGAACAAGGUGUUGACUAUUUUGCUCUAUUCUGACAAAARUUAGGUUUAAAGGUCCAAUGCAGCUGUUUUUAUCUCAAUAUCAAAUCAUUUCUGAGUAACAAUUAAGUACC